AGGUGUUCACUAAUUGGGGUUUAUAUAAAGGCACUGUGGAUGUGGUUGUUUUGUAAGUUUGAAGAAGGCCAGACGGCCGAAACGUCACUUCACCAUUAAAACAUGGAGCAGAGUGUGCGGCAUUCUUUUCUUUUUCUUUAACAUUUAUAUGCUCAGGAAGCCAGCACCUCAAGAAAGACUUUAUUGGUGUGCGAUACCUCUUUUUUUCUAAGGUUGUUUCAUACACCCAGCUGUUGUACCCAACCUAUGCCCUGAUGAAGGGGCGCACGCAUAUCAUCCAACAGAGAUCCGCGGAGCUGUUCUACCCUGCUGCCCCACGUGGCUUCCACCCCAUGAGGACCAUUAGCCCCCACUAUAGCGGACACACAGGCCUACUGUCUACGGCCUACUGUUCGGACACACAGGAUUGCAGACACAGCACUGCGUAUGAUCCCAAUCUCCUGGAGGAUCCCCACUGGCCAUGUGGAAAACACAAAUGUGUGCUGGUAUUCCCUUCAUACAUGACUACCGUCAUUGAGUAUACCAAACCCAGUGAACUGAAGAGGGACAUGAACCAAACCUUCAGGGAGAAGUUUCCUCACAUUCGACUGACCCUCAGCAAAAUCCGAAGUUUGAAGAGGGAGAUCCGCAAGCUGGCUCAAGAGGACUGUGGCUAUGAGGUGCCCACAGUGGCCAUGGCUCUGGUGUAUUUUGAGAAGCUGGCUCUCCGGGGCAAACUGGACAAGCAGAACCGCAAGCUGUGCGCAGGGGCCUGCAUCCUCCUGGCGGCCAAGAUCGGCAGUGACAUGAAGAGACACGACGUCAAACAGCUCAUCGAUAGGCUGGAGGAGCGUUUGAGGCUGAACAGGAGGGAGCUGCUGGUGUUUGAGCUCACAGUGUUUGUUGCACUGGAGUUCAACCUGCAUCUGCCAGACCACGAGCUGAUGCCACACUACAGGCGCCUGAUGCUGACCACCUGACACUUCAUACUACCACACUACCUGAUUUAUUUUACAAACCCAGGGACAG